AGUGAGGCCUCCACAGUGGUGUCCACGUGUGCCAGAACCAACGUCAAAGGCUCAAACAGUGCGCAGAUCGCCGGCCGGCGGCCGGCGCCCUGCCCCCGGCCUCUGCUCCCAUUGCGUCCCCUCGGAGCCAAGCCGGUGGAGAUCGCCGGCGCUGAGCGGCGGAGCACAGCUCGUGUCAGCCAGGAGGGAGCCGACCCCAGCCCAGAUCCUGGAGUCGGCCGGUCGGCGUCGGCUCGCGGAGAUGCAGCCCAGCCACGGUCGCUGUAAUGGAACCCAGCGGUGGCCUGAACAGCUUCGGCGCAGGGACUCUGAAACCUUCGCUUUGGCUCUCUCUAUCCGCGCCGGUUCUCUGAAUCCUUGUUUUGAUCUAUUAGGACUCUUCUACGUAGUAUAGUCGAACUAGAGAUAGUCGUGUUAUGUGAUUCAUGCAGUUAAAUUAUCCGCGUCUAGUCAGGUUUAGAGAUCAACAACAACAAUAGGAGGCUGUUUAUUUGUAAAGGAGACCAAGAAUCGCCGAGCAGCGCCAAUAAAUUUCGAGCGAUUCUUUUCUUGGGCGAAGUAGAUCUAGAGCAGCACGUCCUGUCCAUCAUGGCCGGCCGGCUCGCCCUCUCCAGGGCUGCAAGGCACCUUGCAAAGCCUGGAUCGGCAAAUGCGAUCUACAGCGAGAUAGCGGAUGCAUCUCUUUCUUCUUUCAGGGCACCUGCUGCAAAAACUACUGGUGCAGGCAGUGUGUUCUCUAGAAGAUUUAAUAGCAAUGGUCCAGAAAGAGUUGUACAAAACUUUGAAAAAAAUAAUCCAGCGACUUCUCCAGCUCUCUGUGAGUACGUAAAAGCCGUCGUCAGUAUUGAAUUGCGAACCCGAGGAGGAACUGCUAAUUCAGCCACAGAUUCAACCACAAGUUCCAGCGAUGUCAAGAGGGUUGAUGAAAAAAAGGGUAAAUCUGAUGCUGUUAACGACAUGUCCAUGAAUUCAACCACGAAUUUCAGUGAUGUCAAGGGAGUUGAUGAAGCCAAAGCUGAGCUCGAGGACAUAGUUCACUACCUAAGAGAUCCCAAGCAUUUCACGCGUCUUGGUGGCAAGCUUCCAAAGGGGGUUCUGCUUGCUGGCCCACCGGGCACAGGUAAGACCAUGUUGGCAAGGGCUGUGGCCGGUGAAGCUGGUGUCCCAUUUUUCGCACGCAGCGGCAGCGAUUUCGAGGAGAGGUAUGUGGGCGUUGGGGCUAAAAGAGUGAGAGAGCUCUUCAGUGAAGCAAAGGAGCAAUCCCCUUGCAUAAUAUUCAUUGAUGAGAUCGACGCCAUUGCUGGCCGUAGACAGUCAGAUGAUGCAACGUGGAGAAGGCAGACCCUUAACCAGCUGCUUUCUGAGAUGGAUGGCUUCAAGCAGAAUGACGGGAUCAUCAUUCUCGCGGCGACCAACUUCCCCCAGUCGCUAGAUAGUGCUGUUGUUAGGCCUGGGCGUUUUGACCGUCAUAUUCAGGUUCCUAAUCCAGAUGUUGAGGGCCGGCGGCAGAUUCUGGAGGCUUGCAUGUCAAGGGUUAAAGCCCAGGGUGUGGAUCUGAUGAUCCUUGCGAGGGGGACACCAGGAUUUUCAGGUGCAGACCUUACAAACUUAGUGAACGUUGCUGCUCUGAAGGCUGCCAAAGAUGGGGCUGAAGCUGUUAUGAUGGAUCACGUUGAAUACGCCAAGGACAAGAUCAUGAUGGGCAGCGAGCGCAAAUCGGCGGUGAUACCUGAUAACUGCAGGAAGAUGACAGCGUACCAUGAGGGAGGGAGGGUACUUGUUGCCAUACACACGGAUGGUGCUCGCCCUAUCCACAAGGCUACCAUUCUUCCGAGGGGGAACACUCUAGGCAUGUUGGCACAGCUGCCAGAGGAAGAAGAUGUGUAUAAAGUCUCUAGGAAGAAGAUGCUGGCAAAAUUGGAUAUCCUCAUGGGAGGCAGGGUGGCCGAGGAUGUUAUAUUUGGAGCAGAUGAGGUAACCCUUGGCGCCUUGUCUGAUGUAAGGGAGGCAACUCAGCUAGCGACAGAUAUGGUCACCAAGUAUGGUAUGAGCGAGCGGCUUGGCCUUGUUUUCUAUGGUAACGGUGACGGUGGGAAGAAGGCCUUGGUUGAUGAUGAGGUGAAAGAAUUAUUGGACAAGGCUUACGAAAAUGCUAACAAAAUUGUCACGGCGCACCAUAAGGAGCUUCAUGUGGUAGCCGAUGCCCUCCUUAAGCAUGGAACUCUCACCGGAGACCAGAUCAAGCUGCUAGUAUGUCCAAAGAAUAAAUAGUUUUUUUUUGAAACAUCCAAAGAAUAAAUAGUUUAUACAAUAGUUAGCAGACUUGUGAAAUCUUACGCGUACUAACUGUUGAGAGGCAGAACAGUUUGUCCUAAGAAUCCCUCUACCAAAAAUGACAUAUUUUGAAGUGUUGAAAUUUUUUGAUAUAAAAUUCUACAUGUACAUCUCCAUAAUAUAUGUGUGUUCGUCAAGUUUUGCAGAAAA